AUGGAGUACACACCGCCCCCCAAGCCGCAGCUCUCCUCCCGGGCCAACGCCUUCUCCAUCGCCGCCCUCAUGUCGAGCGGCAGCUCCAAGGACAAGGAGUCCCCCGAGAGCACCAUCAAGCCGCUGGAACAAUUCGUUGAGAAAUCCUCUUGCGCCCAGCCUUUGAGUGACUUAUCCAGCCUGGACCCUCACGGGGAUUUUAGCACCAGCCCUUCAUCCCUGUGCACCGAGCCCCUCAUUCCCACCACCCCCAUCAUCCCCAGCGAGGAGAUGGCCAAAAUCUCCUGCAGCCUGGAGACCAAAGAGCUCUGGGACAAGUUUCAUGAACUGGGUACCGAGAUGAUCAUCACCAAGUCCGGGAGGAGAAUGUUCCCUACGAUCAGGGUUUCCUUCUCGGGAGUGGAUCCUGAAGCCAAGUACAUUGUGUUAAUGGAUAUAGUUCCUGUGGACAAUAAAAGAUAUAGAUAUGCCUAUCACAGGUCUUCCUGGCUGGUGGCUGGAAAAGCUGACCCUCCGCUCCCUGCAAGGUUGUACGUGCACCCUGACUCCCCGUUCACAGGAGAGCAACUGCUGAAGCAGAUGGUGUCCUUCGAAAAAGUCAAGCUCACCAACAACGAGCUGGAUCAGCAUGGCCACAUCAUUCUGAACUCCAUGCACAAGUACCAGCCAAGGGUGCACAUUAUUAAGAAGAAGGAUCACACGGCUUCUUUGCUAAACCUGAAAUCGGAAGAGUUCAGGACGUUUAUCUUUCCAGAGACAGUUUUUACAGCUGUUACCGCCUACCAGAAUCAAUUGAUAACCAAGUUGAAAAUUGACAGCAACCCUUUUGCUAAAGGAUUCCGGGACUCUUCCAGACUCACUGAUAUCGAGAGAGAAAGCGUGGAGAGCCUUAUCCAAAAGCAUUCCUAUGCCCGAUCCCCCAUUCGAACCUACGGAGGAGAAGAUGAUCUCGGAGAUGACAGCCAGGCAACACAAAGCAGAGGGUCAGCUUUUACAACAUCUGACAACCUGUCCCUCAGUUCCUGGGUAUCCUCCUCAACCAGUUUCCCUGGAUUUCAGCAUCCGCAGUCUUUGAGUGCCCUGGGUACCAGCACUGCAUCCAUAGCUACACCCAUUCCUCAUCCAAUCCAGGGAUCUCUGCCUCCGUACAGCCGCCUGGGAAUGCCUCUCACACCCUCUGCUAUAGCCAGCUCCAUGCAAGGUAGUGGCCCCACUUUCCCUUCCUUCCACAUGCCCAGGUACCACCAUUAUUUCCAGCAGGGUCCUUAUGCAGCUAUCCAGGGACUGCGCCACUCCUCUGCAGUGAUGACGCCAUUUGUAUGA